AUGCAAAUACCAUGCCGUCAAUUAUGCCGAGCGCCCCAAAGGAGACUCAAGGAAACAAGAGGAAUACCUUUGAUUGGGACCACAACAACAUCAUCAUCAUCAUCAUCAUCAUCAUCAUCAUCAGAAAAUGGAACAAAUGACAAUGAAGACAAUAACAACUUCAAAACUAUUCAAGCGAAACCACAAGAAUCUUACGAAUCUGCGUAUACUCCCCCUUCAUUCUUGCAAGAGGAAGUUAGUAAGCUGGAACAGAUGUUGGAACAACGCGAAAACUGGAUGAAACUGAGUGAGCGUAGCCGAGGAGGACGAGGAGGAGCUACUCCUGCAAGCAAUAUCACAUUGGCGGCAUCCAUAAUGUUCGACACGGACGAUGAAGAUGAUUAUAACAGCGUCGGAUCCAACCAAAGUCUAAAAGAAGAGCUAGAGUGGGCUGAGAUGGAGUUGGGACGACUGUCUAUCAACACAAGAGAACGGCAGAUUCGUUGCGAAGCAUCAGCAGAGGGAGAAGCCAACCCUCAGGAUGGUUUUCAUCAUUCUAUGUCCAUUAUUUUCGACGACGAUACAGCAAGUACAACAAGUGCGAACAUGCCGAAUUUGAAAUCAAGCCCGGAUGCCAUUGCUAGGGACUGUGCGAGCUUCCAUGCCGCGAAUGAUCGUGAGACCCAUGCCUCCAAGCUUCCAGAUGCAGCUAAGGAGCAAGAGGAUGAUUGUGAUUCAUCUUUCAUUAGGAGGAUCCAUAGAACCGAGUCAAUUCUGUUCGUUUCAAGUGCUAUUUUUGUUGCAUCACUGCUUCUUGGUGCAGCACCCAGCAAGAAAACCCAAUCGAUGCGAUUCAAGCCAUUCCAUGCCUACUAG